AUCACCUAUCGGUUUGCAGCCACAGAUCCCGUCAGAACAUGCAUAUCAAACCCCAGCUACUCUUUCCGAUGAUCCUCCAUCGCCUUGAGCGCUACGCGGGUGUAGAUUCUCCGUCCGGCCGUUUGCCCAGCCGGAACCUCGCUGAUGAUCACUUGAAACAACACUCUUUCUCCCCAUCGCCAUGGCCAUGGAGAAGAACCAAGAUUCCAAAGUGAUCAUGGGCCGGUACAAGCUGGGCCGUCUUCUAGGCCGUGGCAGCUUUGCCAAGGUUUACAAGGCCCAUAACAUCUCCACCGGCGAGUUCGUGGCCAUCAAGGUGUUCGACAAGGAGGCCGUGCACCGGUCCGGCACGGUGGAGCAGGUGAAGCGCGAGGUGGACGUGAUGCGGCGGGUGCACCACCCAAACGUCGUCCGCCUCCACGAGGUGAUGGCCACGCGCUCCAGGAUCUACUUUGUCAUGGAAUACGCGAGCGGCGGCGAGCUCUUUGAUCGCCUCGCCAAGAGCACGCGCUUCCCGGAGCCCGUCGCUCGCCGCUACUUUCAGCAGCUGGUCACGGCCGUGGAGUUCUGCCACAGCCGUGGCGUCUACCACCGUGACCUCAAGCCCGAGAACCUCCUCCUCGACGCGCACGGCAACCUUAAGGUCUCCGACUUCGGGCUCAGCGCGCUCGCGGACGGCGCCUCCCGCCAUCGCGGUGACGCCCUCUUGCACACGACGUGCGGCACGCCGGCGUACGUCGCUCCCGAGGUGAUCCUGAAGCGUGGCUAUGACGGCGCAAAGGCGGACAUCUGGUCGUGCGGCGUGAUCCUCUUCGUGCUCCUGGCAGGCCGCCUCCCUUUCCACGACACCAACCUCGUGCUCCUGUACAAGAGGAUCGCACGGAGCGACUACCAGUGCCCCGCAUGGUUCUCCAUCGACGCACGCAAGCUCCUUGCCCGGCUGCUCGACCCGAACCCCAAUACCCGGAUCACCAUCACCAACCUCAUGGCCCGGACCUGGUUCCAGAAAGACUCCUGCCCCCUCAACGACAAGCCCCUCGACACGAGCGAAACGGCGGUGUUCCUCGGCAAGGAAGCCGGGGGACAUCACGACGACGACCAACCGGAGGGCGCCACCCGGAAGAGGAAGAGAUCCAAGGUGACCGCGUCGUCGCCAACCAUCAGCGUGAGGCCAUCGAGCAUGAACGCCUUCGACAUCAUCUCGCGGUCGAGCGUGCUGGACCUGGCCAAGAUGUUCGACGCGGAGCACAAGACGUCGGAGGCCCGGUUCUCCAGCAAGGAGACCACGACGGCGAUCGUGUCCAAGCUGGGGAAGAUCGCGGAGGCGGGGAGGUUCAGCUUUAAGCUCAACAAGGAGAAGGGGAGAGUGGAGCUGGAGGGGAGCCAGGACGGCCGGAAAAGGGCGCUGGCCCUGGAGGCGGAGAUCUUCGAGGUGGCGCCGUCGGUGCACGUGGUGGAGAUGAGGAAGACGGGCGGCGACUCGCUGGAGUUCCAGGACUUCUACAAGCAGGAGCUCAAGCCGUCGCUGGGCGAUAUCGUGUGGGCGUGGCAGGGAGGUGACUCGCCGCCACCAACGCUCACGCCGGCGGUGCCUAGGUCAAACACGAAUUCCUGAGUUCAUUCACCAACGCGCUUGGCAUUUCAGGCAUGCCUAGCCAUGCGUGACCCUCUUGUGUAACUGAUCUGGCCUCUGCCUUGAUCAGACGAUCGCCACGCCUCUGUCGGGCGUUUCGAAAACGUGAAUCAGUACAGAACCGGAGCGCGCUUGCUCUUCUGUCACUACUAUAGGAACCGUGGAGAAA